AUGGCCGAGAAAUUUCCAGAAGACAUUGAGCACGCGGUAACAAGUUCGGACUUUGAUUCCAGGGAUCCGGUCCUUAAUGCGCGUGAGAAGGCUUUGGUAUGGAAACAGGAUUUAAGGAUCGUUCCGUUGUGCGCAGCGAUUUACCUGCUAUGUUAUUUGGAUCGAUCUAACAUUGUGGGAAAUGCCAAAAUCUUGAAUGAGAACACUGGCAAUGAUCUUCUUACGGAGACGGGCAUGACCUCUUAUCAGUAUACAAUUGCAUUGAUGGUCUUUCUCAUUGCCUAUGCAUUAUUCGAAGUACCGUCAAACUACUUUUUGAAAAAGCUCAGACCAAGUCGAUGGAUCGCCUUCCUCAUGCUAUCAUGGGGUGCAAUUACAAUGGGCCUUGGUGGCGCUCAUACCUAUGCCCAAGUGACUGGUAUCCGUUUUCUAUUGGGUGUUGUGGAAGCAGGACUGUUCCCAGGUUUCGUUUACUACCUGACCUUUUGGUAUCGGAACUCCGAACGAUCGAUGCGGGUGGCCUUGAUCCUAGCCUCUGCAACACUAGCCGGUGCAUUUGGCGGCGCAAUCGCCUAUGGUGUUGGUCAUAUGAACGGUGCACAUGGACUCUCCGCUUGGCGAUGGCUAUUCAUUAUUGAAGGAGCGCCCUCUUGUGCGUCCUCUAUUUUGGUUUGGUUCUUUUUGCCAGACUAUCCGGAAACUGCGCCUUGGCUGUCUUUUGAGGAGAAGGAGCUCGCGGCAUAUCGGCUACAAGCCGAGGGAUCACAUGGUUCUGCAAGUGCUAUGUCUUGGGCAGAUGCGAAAGCUGUUCUUGUCGAUUGGCGUUUGUAUGCUCAUUAUGCGGUUUAUUUUGGCAUUUCCACACCCUUUUCGAGCCUCUCACUUUUCACUCCUGCCAUCACUGCUGGUCUGGGAUAUUCUAAUCUACGAGCACAGCUCAUGACGGUGCCGCCGUACGCAGUAGCAUACGUUGUGACGGUAGUGGUUGCGUGGUCAGCAGAUCACUUCAAUAGUCGCGGUCUCCAUUCCGCCCUUUUCGCGUUUAUUGGCGCAAUGGGCUUUCUGGCCUCGGCCGUUCUUCCAGCAGAAGCAUACCUUCAUCGCUACGGAUGCCUCAUCGUUGCAGCCGCCGGAGCAUUCGCCUGCAUACCCCCACUCCUCGGCUGGCUGUCAUCGAAUUUGCGAUCUACGGCCGGAGCAGGUCUGGCCAUUGCACUAAACAUCUCAUUUGGGGCACCGGGCCAAAUUGUUGGUGUGUGGAUCUAUAAAUCUGAUGAAGAAAAGAAGGGGUAUCCUACAGGCCACUGGACUAAUGCCGCCUUACUUCUUUUUGUGGCGGCUGGAUGUAUCCUCUUGAGACUGUAUUACGGGUGGAGGAAUAAACGGGGUAAUUCCGAUGGAAGCGGGAAGAAAUUUGCAUAUUAG